CCCAGAAAAUCGCAGACAGCUUGACGCCGCUUGGGUUUUUCGUGGUAAAAAUAGAUUUAUUAGGCGUAAAAUGUUCAACCCCUACUCUGAAGAAUUAGAAUUGGACCGCAAUCUUGAGGAGGUGCAGGCUAAGCUAGCCUGCCUAAUGGAUACCAACUGCAACGGAUCGCAGGUGCAUUUUUCUGCGGCGUCCGGUCAUUUAACUGUACCUGCGAAAAUUCCUGACAGAAGUAGUACCCAAAAUGUACUGGCGGAAGUGCAGCGCAAUUUAAGGGGGCUCCACUUGGACCAAGCUCCCCGUUUUGAGUUCCACGGAUUGCAAUGCAACCAGAUGCAUCAAAAGAGGCGCCAGAAUUCCGGAUUCGAGAACUUGCCGCAGGGAUCAGCUUCGCAGAAGAAGCGUAAGUCAGACGGUGAAGGCGAUUUAGUUUCUGACGUAAAGAAGCAACAAUUGCGGAAGGAGACAUUGUGGAAUAUGCGGAAUAGGAGUCUUCCAGGAAACCCCACAACCGAUUGUUUGUCUUUUCAAAAAUUUCAAGGAGUUUUCAAAGAAUCCAGUAUUGUAUCUCGUUUAAUGGAUCUUUUUAGGUCCUUGCAUGAUAUUAUAGUCGCUGAUUUGAAUAUUUCCCACACAUACAUUACGUCAAUAGACGAUAUGACUCCGACGCACAUUAAGAAAAAAAUGCCAAAGAGUGGAAAUAUGCGCUAUCAGGUGCAGAUUUUGUAUUCCCAGGUUGAGAAAUUUUUGGGAGGACUGCGCCGCACCCUGGAGGCUAAUCGACUUUUCAGCUUUGAAAAGUACGACGAGUGCGACAAUUUGCUUAAAGGAUCUAGCUCCUAUUUGCAGUCUCUUGACUCUUUCCUGACAGCGGAACUGCGCCAUCGCAACUUCCGCUAUUAUUCGAAUGUGGCCAAAAAAAAUUUCCAGCGAUUAGAAGCGUUACUGUGGGAUUUCCGGCAAUGGCUUAAAGCUACGCACCUCAGCAUCCACGUUUUCAACUGGGAAAUGGAUCUGGAGCAUCACUAUACUAAUGAAAUGAAGCGCUAUCACGAAGAGUUAAAGGAGCGAGCUUUGCUCCAGGCGUCUGCCGAGAUAGAAGCGGCUAACCACCGAGUCCUUAGCCCUGAGGAAGAGUUUAUUGCCACGAAUUACCAAUUGCAAAACUUGGUCCAAUGCGCCAAAGAUCAUGACAACUUCUUGUCUGCCGUGCUUGUCAAUCCGGAAAAUUAUUUCCCGCCUCACAUAGUUGCCAUGUGUGACCGGCCGAAGAAUGAAUUACCAGGGGCUGUCCAGCUUCAAGCUGCUGCAGAGGAUGCCUCAAAUUUCGACUGGAGGCUGAUGGGCGCUAUGGUAGAGCCCUCGUCUCCGCCAAGGCAAAGCCAACGCCCUGCACAUCCCGUGCGCUUCAGAAGCUAAAGCAUGGUAACUAGGAACCCUGAGGAAGCUAAGCUAAAUUAAAGCUACUCUAAUAACGACUCAAAGAUGUUGAGCCUUACAAUUACAAUUAAAAAAGCAAUUUCUAAAGUUA